AUGUAUCGGAUCCCUUUUGGUCUCCACGUACCAGAACGAAGAAGAUGCUAUUUGAAUCUGUUAGACAAGAUAGAGAUACUUCUGAAAGAAAGGAUUCUUCGCGCAACACGCCUUCUACUUCAGAAACAGACACAAAACGUGCCAAACAUUUAUGGUCCACAACCUGAGGUUAUAUUUAUUGUUUUUUGUGAGAAACAUGCCUACAAGAUGUUCAAUGAAAUGCAUGACCCAAUUAAGGGUCACCAUUAUCCUUCAAGCAACAGAAGCAUUCCAAACAGCAAUCAACAAAGGAUGUCUGAUUUGAACUUAAAUGAAGAGGAAAUUGUAAAGCUUUCUUCUUUGGGUACACAUGCCAAUAGCAAAGAGAAUAUAGAUGUUUUAAAAAAGUCUUUGGUUGUUCGUCACAAGAUGUAUAAGGAUUUAAUUGCAAAAUGCAACACUUUGGGGAGAGAUGAAGCACGUGCACGUAAAAAGCUUGAAAAAGCCAAAGAGAAGCUAGAAAAAUUAAAGACAAUAAUCCAAGAAAUGGAGACAAGCAGUGAAAUCAAAAAUAAUGAGCUGUUGAGAUCUCUAAAAGCUUCAAAGAACACAAACAGUUGUCCAAAUGUCUUAAAUGCCCCUGACCUGAUCCAUAUCAACCCAUGUACACCACAAAGUACAAUAUAUGCAUCAGACGCAGCCAUUGAUGAUAGAAAGACAAAGAGGUUUAGAGGCUCUGAGAAUAUUGAUGAAAGAAAUAAUAAAAAGGAUGGAGUUAGUGGGCCCACCCCCACCCCUGCCCCUGAGAUAAAUUCUUACAUUUUAAUUGAUGAUGAUGAUGAUGAUGAGGUGUCAAUAUCACUUGAGAAACUGAAAGAUGAUGAUGUGGUGGCACAAGAUAAAUCCAUGCCUGACAUCACAAAAGAAGCUUCUUUGCCUUUUCUUGAUUCUCAACAAGGAGGAGGAGGAGGAGGAGAGUUUUGUUUCUCGGGUGGAUUGUUGGACCCAGAUGGAAGUAAAAGACAUCUUGGAAAAUGGUGCAAAAAGGGUUUUAAUUUAAAUAAUAAUAAUAAUAAUAAUAAUGCAUCUUCAAUAGCAACACCAACACCAAUGCAAGCAGCAUCUGGCGAUCUUAUUGCUGUUGGAUCCGAUGGCAGAGGAUUCCAGGAAAUCGUCUCCUAUUACUUACAAAAGGAAAGUUGGGGGCCAAAACAAGUAGUUUGCAGUCUCAUGGGAUCCACCACUUUUUCAAUAAAGCAAGCCAAAACAAGUUGGGGGCCAACCGAACCCCGCGGAGCGGGUACCCCAGCUAUAUAUAUAUAG